GAGGGAGAGUCAGGGCAGCUAAAUAUAGUCCUGGGGCCAGGGCUCACGAGGGAGGCUCCCUCUGCCAGUCACUGCUGCCGGUCAGCUGUGGUGUCCACUGCUAGCUGCCCCGUGAGUGCCAGCGCCCGUCCCUGCUCCGAGCUGGUCGCUUGCCUCUCACCUGUCUUCAGACACCACCCUGACCCCCUGCACUUAGUUAGGCCUCACCUGGGAGUUUCUUUUUGCCUGUGAUCUCCAACCAGACCUGCCGCCAUGUCGGCUGCGCCCGGUCUCCUGCGCCAGGAGCUGUCCUGCCCGCUGUGUUUGCAGCUGUUCGAUGCGCCGGUGACAGCAGAGUGCGGCCACAGCUUCUGCCGCGCCUGCCUGAGCCGAGUGGCCGGGGAGCCGGGGGCGGACGGCACGGCGCCUUGCCCGUCCUGUCAGGCACCCACGCGGCCGCAGGCGCUCAGCACCAACCUGCAGCUGGCGCGCCUGGUGGAGGGGCUGGCACAGGUGCCGCAGGGCCACUGCGAGGAGCACCUAGACCCGCUCAGCAUCUACUGCGAGCAGGACCGCGCGCUCGUGUGCGGCGUGUGCGCCUCGCUGGGUUCCCACCGCGGCCACCGCCUGCUGCCCGCAGCUGAAGCCCACGCGCGCCUCAAGACCCAGCUCCCCCAGCAGAAGCUGCAGCUGCAGGAGGCAUGCGCGCGCAAGGAGAAGAGUGUGGCUGUGCUGGAGCACCAGCUCCUGGAGAUGGAGGAGACAGUGCGUCAGUUCCAGGAGGCGGUGGGCGAGCAGCUGGGCAAGAUGCGGCUGUUCCUGUCUGCCCUGGAGGGCUCCUUGGACCGGGAGGCGCAGCGGGUGCGGGGCGAGGCGGGGGUCGCCUUGCGGAAGGAGCUGGGGAGCCUGAACUCCUACCUGGAGCAGCUGCGGCAGAUGGAGAAGGUGCUGGAGGAGGUGGCAGACAAGCCGCAGACUGAGUUCCUCAUGAAAUACUGCCUGGUGACCAGCAGGCUGCAGAAGAUCCUGGCAGAGUCCCCGCCGCCUGCCCGUCUGGACAUCCAGCUGCCUGUCAUCUCAGAUGACUUCAAAUUCCAGGUGUGGAGGAAGAUGUUCCGCGCUCUGAUGCCAGGUAGGGGGGCAUGUUAUGUUUGUAACCAUGCGGGUGAUGGGAGGCCGCAGCUACACACAGAGAGGCCUCCCGGUCUCAGCGAAGAAGGUCACAGAAGAAGGUGCCUGUUGCCCCUUUGCCUCUAGAUUCU